UUUUCCCAGGAGGAUUAUAAAAGCUGCACCACAAGAUGCAAACCUCUCAUCAGUACCCAAAAUAGAAAGGCCAGGUUACAAUUUGCUGGAAAGUACAGAGAGGAGCCAGUAGAGUUCUGGAACAAAGUGCUGUAGACAGAUGGGACAGAUGGGACAGAUGUCUACGAGAGUGAUGGCAAGGUGCAAGUGUGGAGACCAGAACAAAGGGCAGACGAUCCGAAGCCCAUAGUCCCACUUCCCUGUGAGCGUGCUGGAGGUGGUGUGGGGGCUUGGGCAUGCAGGCCGCCCCUGGAACUGUCUCACUCGCCUUUAUUGACGACGUAACCAGUGAUUGUAGCGGCAGAAUGACUUCACAACUGUGUAGAAACAUCCUGUCUGCCUGUGACAAAAAACUGCCUCCACACUCAUUGGCCUGCACUUCCUCACACAACACGACAGUGACCCAAAACACACUGCCGACGCCACCAAGGAGAUCAUCAGGAGAGAAACAGAGGAGAGUCUUAGACUGGCCAUGUCAGGCUCCCCAUUCACAUCCAAUCAAGCAGACAUUUCACUUGUGGAACUGAAGUCCGAAAGCCCCUAAAACAAACAGCAAAGGCUUGGCAAAGCAUCUCGAAUCAACACACCCGGAGUUUGGUGAUGUCACAAGUGUUGCAGGAUUGAUGCAGUUAUUGUGUCCAAAGGAUUUGUAACUAAAUACUAAGUUUUAUACUGCUUUGAGUUAAUUUGUCCCAAUAUGUACGCUCACCUAAAAUGGGGGAAUGGACCACAAAACGUCUUAGAAGUAUACCACGGUACAACAUAAAAGCACAAAAAUACCCAGAAAUAAAAGGGAAAAUGCUGUACUUUUGCCCCAUAGUCAGCUUUUCAUCCCAAUUCCGAAUCACCUGAGUAUACAGCACAAAUCGCCAUUUUGACUUCACUGUCCCAAUACUUUUGGAGGGCACCGUAUGGUCCACGACCCACACCUAAACCCUAAAAAAAAAAGGUUAAAAAAAGCACUUCUGUAAGCUGGGGAUCGAACUACAGGCGCUCGCCGGCCGGGGAGUUUCGUGCGCUGACAGAAAGGCGAAAGUUAUCCAGCUACUGAAAAUGAAACUUCGCAGCAGGAAAUCACCCAGACCGCGUGCCCAAGCUGCCAACCCUGCAGCCCGAUCGCAACAGAGAGGGCGCCGCGAGGAGGAGGACCUGCGGCUCGCUUCGCCUCCGACACGGUUUGAGAGACGCGGAAAGAGCAUCGCUUUGAAGGGGAGGGCGGCCGACGCCACACCGGAGGGCAGAAAACUGCUUGGUAACUCAGGCCGGGGACGUGUUUGGCGCAAAGCGCUGGCAGACUGGAGGCAGGGCUCUCGUUUCCUCUGGUCGAGGUGUGCACACCUGUGGACCUGUCUCCGCUUUGAAAUCUCGCUGCCUGGCCGAUCCCGUUCAAAGAUUACAACAACAACAACAACAACAACAAAACGGGACAUUACUAAAAACGUGCGUGUCGGGGGUCGGAGUUUCGCGACGACACUGUGACGCCGGAUGAGAUCGACUUUUACGGCCUCGGCAACUUCUCCACUCAGCGGCGCGUUCCCAAAUCCCCAAGCUUCAGCCCGGCCGGUGCUGCCGCUGCUGCCCGCUCCCAUCCCCACUCGUGUGCGCGACGGAGAGGAUGAACUGGCCUGCGCCGGCGGGCGAGUCGCCGAGCCGGGGCGCCUGCUCUUUCCCCGGAGCCGGCUCGCUGAGUCCGGCGCCCGGGGAGGACUACUGCUGCAUCUGCAUGGACGGGAUCAGAGAGAAGAAGACCCUGGAGAAGUGCCGGCACUCGUUCUGUCGCCCCUGUAUCGACCAGGCCUUCCAGUUCAAGGCGGCCUGUCCGGUGUGCCUCACUUUCUACGGCACGCAGAUCGGGGACCAGCCGCGGGGCGGGAGCAUGGCCGUGACCCGCUGGACCAGUCGCCUGCCGGGGUACGAGCCGUACGGCACCAUCGUCAUUGACUACACUAUCCCGUCUGGAGUUCAAGAGCGGGGGCACCCCAAUCCGGGCGCGGGCUUCACCGGGACGUCCCGCAGGGCGUUCCUGCCGGACUGCGCCGACGGGCAGCGGGUGCUCCGGCUGCUGCAGAGGGCCUUCGAGCAGCGGCUGACCUUCACCGUCGGCACGUCGGCCACCACCGGCCUCAGCAACGUGGUGGUCUGGAACGACGUCCACCACAAGACCAGCACGCACGGGGGACCCCAGGGGUUUGGGUAUCCAGACCCCGGUUACCUGCUGAGAGUUCAGGAGGAGCUGAGGCUGAAGGGGAUCACCGAGGACGACCUCAGUGCUGGCCUGGAGAAGGUGUGUCUGGGGGGCCCUGACCGGGCCGGGCCAGUCCAGCAAUGAGCCCCGGCACCAGGAGCUGUGAGGCAGCAAAGCUCGGGUGUCACCGAGCAGCACAGCACGGAGAGGGAUGCUUUCGCGGUGCAGGAGCUCGAGUCGCCUGGCGGAGCUGCCCUGACCUAGACCGGGACUGAUCGUGAACCCCACUGCUCGCGGGGCAGGCCGGAGCAGAUGUGAAGCUGGCAGGGUGGGAAAAGGCUCUGUUCCUUUCACGAGGGCCAGAGCUGCAACGGGGUGCAUUUUCUCCUGUAGGCUGAUAGAGACUCGGGGUUACCCGACUGUGUGGUCAGGCCACAGGGCGCCCCCACCUUUGCCUUGUGCCCCACAGAUGGGUUUUGUUUUCUUUGCCCAGACUAAAGCAGCAGUUGUCGACCCCUGGGACUGAGGAGAUGCCCCAAGAGAGUCAGGUGAAACCCCCCCAUCCAGAGAGCAGCCGGGACCCUCCGGCCCAGAGAGCGCAGGUUCAGUUUGGGUGAAUAUCACUGGCCGACUGUGCCCGUUAGAAAAACACCAGGUCGGGCCAGAUCCAGAUUUUCGAGCUCUCUUUAAAUCAGCUGUAUCUGAAGACCUGGGAAGAUGACUAACGUCCGGUUGAGCCUGGAGCGGAAUGAGCUGGGCUGGAAAGAAAUCCCGUUGGACUGUGGAAAUCCAGGAUUGGACUAGGCUGUCCUGGGAUCAGGGAGUCAUCAGUGUUUGCAUUUUGCCAUUCCUGUCUGUGCUACAAUAAAACAAAAAGUAUGAAAAUCACA